AUGUUCAAGUACACUCCACGAAACAUGAACGGAAUAUUUGCUAUAGACAAGCCUCUGGGUGUCACAUCGUCCAAGUUUCUUCUUGAUCUUCAAGACCUAUUUACCAAGUCACAUGUCUUUGAGCAGCAUUUGCAAGAAUUUCGAGACGGCAGAAGAGCCGCUUUACUGACGGACAAAAAGUGGAAAAAGGAGAAAAUCGACAAGAAAAUCAGAAACCUCAAGGUGAAAAUAGGCCAUGGUGGUACUUUGGAUCCCUUGGCAAGUGGUAUAUUGGUUGUUGGAGUGGGAAGCGGUACCAAACAAUUGAGCCAUUAUUUGGGAGAAUGUGACAAGACCUAUGAAACUAAGGCACUUUUGGGCAUUUCAACUACAACGGGAGACUCUGAAGGUGACAUAUUGAGCAAAAACAAAGUGGAUCAUAUAACGAAAAAAGACGUUGAAAAGACCUGUGAAAAAUUUGUGGGGAAUAUCAAGCAAAUGCCUCCCAUCUUUUCGGCGCUCAAGAUGAAUGGAAAACCGUUGUACGAGUACGCAAGAGAAGGUAUUCCGUUGCCAAUGCCUAUAAAGACUAGAGAUGUUAAGGUGAACUCGCUUACUGUACUUGACGAUACCAUGUCGACAGAUCAUGAGUUCAACAAGCUUGAAACAGAUUUGAACCCUGAAGAACAAAACAAGCUUUUCCACAACGAGACUCUCCUCAAAACACCGUUGUACUUCUCGGAUCAGUACAAUGAAGCUAACGAAAAAACGACAGAAACAGCACCUCCAAGAGUCUUGGAAGAUGGUGAGCAACUUCCUGAAAAAUUGCCCAUGAUUCAUUUUGUAACCAGUGUGUCUUCGGGGACGUACAUACGGAGUCUCAUAGGGGAUAUUGGCCGGGCAUUGGAGUCUUCCGCUUAUAUGGUCGAGUUGAGACGGACUCAGCAAUCGGAUUGGAAAAUUGGAAAAAAUGUGUUCAGGUGGGAAGACUUUGCUGAGAACGAUGACCGAGUCUGGGGCCCUGUAUUGAAGGCAGUACUCGAGCAAGGACACGAGGUAGACGUGGCGAAGGAGUUGGAAGCGACUAGAGAGAAAAUGGCUCCAUUGAUCCAGGAAGAGAAGGAGAGGCUCGCCAAGCAUGGAUUGGAGGAAAGCAGUGAGCAGGUACAAAAGAAGAGAAAAGAGCUGGAGACAGAGGAACACAAAGAGAAUGGAAGCAAUUCUGAGAAAAUAGACCCAGAACAAAAGUUAGAUAUUUAG